CGGUCCCGCUCUUGCAACACCACCCCCGCCACUCUCCCUUCCCCUCCUACCUCCUCUCUCCCCUCGGCUUUAAUUUUCUCCGAGUUUUCUGAACUCUGGCUCAUGAUCGGGCUUACUGGAUACGAGAUCCUGGAGGACCGUACCCUGAUCUCCAUUUACCUCUGACUUUGAGCCUUUCUAACCCGGGGCUCACGCUGCCAACACCCGGGCCACCUGGUCCGAUCGUCUUACUUCAUUCACCAGCGUUGCCAAUUGCUGCCCUGUCCCCAGCCCCAAUGGGGGAGUGAGAGAGGCCACUGCUGGCCGGACAUGGGUCUCCCCAUCGUGCCUGGCCUGCUGCUGUCACUGGUGCUCCUGGCUCUGCUGGUGGGGAUACACCCGUCAGGGGUCACCGGACUGGUUCCUUCUCUUGGUGACCGGGAGAAGAGGGAUAGUUUGUGUCCCCAGGGAAAGUAUGCCCAUCCAAAGAAUAAUUCCAUCUGCUGCACCAAGUGCCACAAAGGAACCUACUUGGUGAGUGACUGUCCAAGCCCAGGGCAGGAAACAGUCUGCGAGGUGUGUGAUAAAGGCACCUUUACGGCUUCGCAGAACCACGUCAGACAGUGUCUCAGUUGCAAGACAUGUCGGAAAGAAAUGUUCCAGGUGGAGAUUUCUCCUUGCAAAGCUGACAUGGACACCGUGUGUGGCUGCAAGAAGAACCAAUUCCAGCGCUACCUGAGUGAGACGCAUUUCCAGUGUGUGGACUGCAGCCCCUGCUUCAACGGCACCGUGACAAUCCCCUGUAAGGAGAAACAGAACACCGUGUGUAACUGCCACGCAGGAUUCUUUCUAAGUGGAAAUGAGUGCACCCCUUGCAGCCAGUGCAAGAAAAACCAGGAAUGUAUGAAGCUGUGCCUACCUCCAGUUGCAAAUGUCACAAACCCCCAGGACUCAGGUACUGCCGUGCUGUUGCCUCUGGUUAUCUUCCUAGGUCUUUGCCUUUUAUUCUUUAUCUUCAUCAGUUUACUGUGCCGAUAUCCCCAGUGGAGGCCCAGGGUCUACUCCAUCAUUUGUAGGGAUUCAGCUCCUAUCAAAGAGGUGGAGGGUGAAGGAAUUGUUACUAAGCCCCUAACUCCAGCCUCUAUCCCAGCCUUCAGCCCCAACCCCGGCUUCAACCCCACUCUGGGCUUCAGCACCACCCCACGCUUCAGUCCUCCUGUCUCCAGCACCCCCAUCAGCCCCGUCUUCAGUCCUAGUAACUGGCACAACUUCGUGCCACCUGUAAGAGAGGUGGUCCCAACCCAGGGUGCUGACCCUCUCCUCUACGGAUCCCUCAACCCUGUGCCAAUCCCCGCCCCUGUUCGGAAAUGGGAAGACGUGGUCGCCGCCCAGCCACAACGGCUUGACACUGCAGACCCUGCGAUGCUGUAUGCUGUGGUGGAUGGCGUGCCUCCGACACGCUGGAAGGAGUUCAUGCGGCUCCUGGGGCUGAGCGAGCACGAGAUCGAGCGGCUGGAGCUGCAGAACGGGCGUUGCCUCCGCGAGGCUCAAUACUGCAUGCUGGAAGCCUGGCGGCGCCGCACACCGCGACACGAGGCCACGCUGGACGUAGUGGGCCGCGUGCUUUGCGACAUGAACCUGCGUGGCUGCGUGGAGAACAUCCGCGAGACUCUAGAAAGCCCUGCCUACUCGUCCACGACCCACCUCCCGCGAUAAGGCCACACCCCCACCUCAGGAAAGGGACUCGAAGGACCAUCCUGCUAGAUGCCCUGCUUCCCUGUGAACCUCCUCUUUGGUCCUCUAGGGGGCAGGCUCGAGCUGGCAGCCACUUCCUUGGUGCUACCGACUUGGUGUACAUAGCUUUUCCCAGCUGCCGAGGACAGCCUGUGCCAGCCACUUGUGCAUGGCAGGGAAGUGUGCCAUCUGCUCCCAGACAGCUGAGGGUGCCAAAAGCCAGGAUAGGUGAUUGUGGAGAAAAAGCACAAUCUAUCUGAUACCCACUUGGGAUGCAAGGACCCAAACAAAGCUUCUCAGGGCUUCUCAGUUGAUUUCUGGGCCCUUUUCAUAGUAGAUAAAACAGUCUUUGUAUUGAUUAUAUCACACUAAUGGAUGAACGGUUGAACUCCCUAAGGUAGGGGCAAGCACAGAACAGUGGGGUCUCCAGCUGGAGCCCUCGACUCUUGUAAAUACACUAAAAAUCUAAAAGUGA